CCGCCCCCCCGGCGCCGAGGAUGCCGGGAGCAGUAGUUCCUUGGCGAGGGAGGGCCUCUGCCUCACUCUUCCAGCGUGCCUUGCGGCGGCGGCGGCAGCGGGGGCCCCGGACUGGCCCGGCCGGUGGAGGCGGGGCGGCGGCGGCAGGUCGGGCGGUGGGUCGGGCGGGGCCCGGGAGCCGGAGCCGGCGGCGGCGGCGGGGGGGGGAGGAUGCUGCGCUGCAUGCCCCCGCUGUGGCGCUGCAACCGGCAGGUGGAGGUGGUGGACCGGCGGCGCUGCUCGCUCCAGGCCGUGCCGGACGACGUCUACCGCCACAGCCGCUCCCUCGAGGAGCUCCUGCUCGACGGUAACCAGCUCCGCGAACUCCCCAAGCCUUUCUUCCGUCUGUUGAACCUGCGCAAGCUGGGCCUGAGCGACAAUGAGAUCCAGCGGCUGCCCCCGGAGGUGGCCAACUUCAUGCAGCUGGUGGAGCUGGACAUCUCCCGCAAUGACAUCCCGGAAAUCCCCGAGAGCAUCAAGUUCUGCAAGUCCCUGGAGAUUGCGGACUUCAGCGGCAACCCCUUGUCUAGACUCCCGGAGGGCUUCACCCAGCUACGCAGCCUGAGUCAUCUGGCCUUGAACGACGUCUCCCUGCAGAGCCUGCCCAGCGACAUUGGCAAUCUGGCCAACCUGGUGACCUUGGAGCUGCGUGAGAACCUGCUCAAAGCUCUGCCAGCAUCGCUUUCCUUCCUGGUCAAGUUAGAGCAGCUGGACCUCGGGGGCAAUGACCUGGAGGUGCUGCCAGACACGCUGGGCGCACUGCCGAAUCUGCGGGAGCUGUGGCUAGACAGGAACCAGCUGUCGUCUCUGCCCCCGGAGCUGGGCAAUCUCCGCCGCCUGGUGUGCCUGGAUGUCUCUGAGAACAAGCUGGAGCAGCUGCCUGACGAGAUCAGCGGCUUGGGGGCCCUGACCGACCUCCUGCUCUCGCAGAACCUUCUGGAGACGCUUCCGGACGGGGUUGGCCAGCUGAAGCAGCUCUCCAUCCUGAAGGUGGAUCAGAACCGGCUGGUGGAGAUGACAGAGGCCAUCGGGGACUGCGAGAACCUCUCGGAGAUCAUCCUCACGGAGAACCUGCUGAUGGCCCUGCCCAAGGCGCUGGGGAAACUCACCAAGCUGACCAACCUCAACGUGGACCGGAAUCGACUGAUGGCACUCCCCCCAGAGAUUGGGGGCUGUGGCAGCCUGAACGUGCUCUCGCUGCGGGACAACCGCCUGGAGUUCCUGCCCCCUGAGCUUGCCAGCACCACCGAGUUGCAUGUGCUGAAUGUGGCAGGCAACAGGCUGCAGCACCUGCCCUUUGCCCUGACCAACCUCAACCUGAAGGCGCUCUGGCUGGCGGAGAACCAGUCCCAGUCGAUGCUGAAGUUCCAGACGGAGGAAGAUGAGAAGACGGGGGAGAAAGUCCUCACCUGCUACCUCCUUCCCCAGCAGCCGUCCCCCAGCCUAGAGAAUCUCCUGCAGAACAGCGUGGACGACAGCUGGGCAGACAGCAACCUCAACCGGGUCAGCGUGAUCCAGUUUGAGGAUGACCCCAAAGGGGGUGAGGAGGAGGAGGAGGAGGAGGAGGAUGCUGGGGCCGAGAAGAGGCAGGGUCUUCAGCGCAGGGCAACGCCCCACCCCAGCGAGCUGAAGUUCCUGAAGAAGAAGGUGAUGGCCGUGCGGCUCGGCGAGGCCGGUACUGCCAAGCUGGGGGCAGCUGAGCGCGACUCCGCCGGCACGGAGGAGAAGAGGCUGAGCGCCACCUCCAACCACAGCGAGGACACCGGCAGCACCGUCUCUGCCAGCUGCCAGGAGGAGGAGGAGGGGAUCGGGGCCAGCCCUGAGGACAUGGAAGAGAGGCGGCGGCGGCAGGAGGCAGCGGCAGCGGAAACAGCCGCCCAGGAGGACGAACUGGAGGUGGAGUACAACGAGCCCACGGUGCAUUUUGCUGAGGACACGCUGGUCCGGAGCGAGGAGGAGGAGGAGGAGGACGAAGAGCGCCCGUUCCCAGUGGGGAAGCAGCGGCUGAUCCGCAAGGAUACACCCCACUACAAGAAGCACUUCCGGAUCGCUCAGUUGCCUCGCCCCGAGGCAGUGGUGGCCCUUCUGCAGGGGCUGAGUGCUGAUGGGACCCCCCAGGAGGCAGCGGAGGAGGAGGAGGAGGAGGAGACGGCAGUGGAGAGGACUGAGUGGGCUGGAGAGGCCAGCAAUGGGACCCCAGCAGUUCCACCCUCGGUCAAGGGGGUGUCGUUUGAUCAAGCCAAUAAUCUGCUGAUUGAGCCUGCUCGCAUUGAGGAGGAAGAGCUGACGCUGACCAUUGUGCGGCAGACGGCGGGGCUGGGCAUCAGCAUUGCCGGAGGCAGAGGCUCCACGCCCUACAAGGGAGACGACGAGGGCAUCUUCAUUUCCCGCGUGUCGGAGGAGGGUCCGGCUGCCCGCGCAGGUGUGCGUGUCGGGGACAAGCUCCUAGAGGUGAACGGCGUGCUCCUGCACUGCGCUGAGCACCACGUGGCUGUGGAGGCGCUCCGGGGCUCAGGCAGCACGGUCGCCAUGACGGUGCUGCGGGAGCGGAUGGUGGAACCCGAGAACGCCAUCACGGUGACCCCGCUGCGGCCAGAGCACGACUACAGCCCGCGGGAGCGCCGGGAGGGCCUGCGCUUCCCCGAACGGCCCGAGGGGGCACCGCUUGCCGAGAGACUCUCCGCCUGCCUGAUGCGGAACGAGAGGGGCCUGGGCUUCAGCAUCGCUGGGGGAAAGGGCUCCACGCCCUACCGUCCUGGGGACAUGGGGAUCUUCAUCUCCCGGAUUGCAGAGGGCGGGGCAGCCCACCGUGACGGGACCUUGUGUGUAGGCGACCGGGUCCUCCUGAUCAAUGGGGUAGACAUGACAGAAGCCAGGCAUGAUCAGGCCGUAGCGCUGCUUACCGCCGCCUCCCCCACCAUUGCCCUGCUUGUGGAGAGAGAAGCUGCCGCUGCCACCACCGCUGCUCAGCCCGGUGAGGAGAUCGUGCCCCUAGGGCAGCGAGCCCGGGUGCACUCACCCCCACCACCACCAGCAGCCCCCCCCGGCCAUGGGGAGAGCCUGCCUGAGGAGACGUCCCUGCCCCCAAAGGGCCACCUCCUGCCCCCAAACCUGGAGAGCCCGUACCCCGUCGAGGAGGUGUGUCUGGUCAAAGCCGGGGGCCCCCUUGGGCUCAGCAUUGUAGGGGGCAGCGACCACUCCAGCCACCCCUUUGGGAUCCGCGAGCCAGGGGUCUUCAUUUCCAAGGUCAUUCCGCAGGGACUGGCAGCCCGCAGUGGGCUGCGUGUUGGCGACAGGAUCCUGGAGGUGAACGGCAUCCCCCUCCGCCACGCCACGCACCAGGAGGCGGUGAGCGCCCUGCUGUCCAGCACGCAGGAGCUGAGGAUGGCGGUCAGGCGAGACCCUCCCCCACCUGGCAUGGAGGAGAUCUGCCUUGAAAAGAGGCCCGGGGAGAAGCUGGGCAUCAGCAUCCGAGGCGGUGCCAAGGGCCACGCGGGCAACCCCUUUGACCCCACGGACGAGGGCAUCUUCAUCUCCAAGGUCAGCUCCUCGGGGGCUGCAGCCCGGGACGGCCGGCUGAAGGUGGGCCUGCGCAUCCUGGAGGUGAACCACCAGAGCCUCCUGGGCAUGACGCACACCGAAGCGGUCCAGGUGCUGCGUGGGGUGGGCGAUGUGCUGCUGGUGCUGGUCUGCGAUGGCUUUGACCCCAAGGCGGUGGCCGCCCUAGAGGCGUCUCCAGGGAUCAUUGCUAACCCCUUUGCGGCCGGCCUUGGGCGGAAGAACAGCUUGGAGAGCAUUUCAUCCAUUGACCGGGACCUCAGUCCAGAGGAGCUGGACAUCCUCCAGAAGGAGCGGAGGCGCCGGGAGCGGGAGGCGGCCACGCAGCUCCUGGCAGCAGCCGUGGAGGAGGAGGCGGCCGAGGCGGCGGCAGAGGACCCCGGCACAGAGCCCCUGCGGCUGGACUACCGCACCCUGGCAGCACUGCCCAGCAGCGGCCUGCAGAGACCCAACCGUCAUCUUUCCCAUCCUGCCAUGGACAGGGACUUGCCGUCGCCUCUCCUCCCUGCAGAGACUCCGCUCAUCCUCCGCUCAGGCCCUGGAACGCUGAGCAGAGCUUCUCUCUCGGUGGGAGAGGCUGCCCGCGGGGCCCAGCCUGAGCAAGCGUGUGCCCGGGGUCUGGAGGAGGAGAGCUCUGUGGACUCCCAGCCCAUCCCCUUCAGCGCCAACCCCUUUGUGGUGGCAAAUCGACAAGGCAAGGCUGCCUUGGGGGGCCCUCCCCUUGGCUAUGGCCAGAGCGGGGUGCUGAAGACCAGCCUCUAUGCCAAGGCUCUGGCGGGGGAAAGUGAACUGGGAGCCGCCCGGCGGGAGUCCCCUGGCAGCCAGCAGGCGUCCAUCCAUUUCGUCCCCCUCCACGCGGAGAGCCAGUCGACCAAGCCCGGGGUGAUCCAGCCCCUCGCCCGUGCCCGGCCAGCCCCAGCUUUGGCUGCCUCCGAAGGCCGAGACAGCCCCAAUCCCUUCCAGCCCCCUGAGCUGUGCCCCGGCAGCCACAGUUCUCCUCGGACCGCCGGGCCUCCUUCCCUCGACGAGGCCUCGGUCAGUGCCAAGCAGGCCUACAAGGCGCUCGCAGCGGUGCCCGUGGCACAUCUCUUCCUGCAGCCGGAGGAGCAGACCGAGAGCCUGGGGGCCCCCGUGGAGGUGGGGGGGGGCCGUCCUGGGUCCCCAGGAGGGAGGCCUCCCGCCCCCCUGGGCCCCCCCAGAGCUCUUUUGCUGACGCCGCAGGCGCCGUCUCCCGGAGGCCUGCACAGCCCCGAGCAGAGGUCCUUCCGCGAGAGGCAGAAGUAUUUCGAGGUGGAGUUGCAGCAGCCGCCGCUGGCCGAGAAGCCCCCCAAGCGGGUGUCGCUGGUGGGGGAAGAAGACCUGAAGAAAAUGAAGGAGGAGGAAGCUCGCAAACUGCAGCAGAAACGAGCCCAGCUGCUGGAGGAGGAGGAGGAAGAGGAGGAGGAAGAGGGGGCAGAUGUGGGGACGCAGCCCCUGGAGACCAGGGCCCCCUCCAGCAUCUUCAUUGAGGGGGUCGAGUACAAGGUGGAGAAGCUGGACGGGAGGCGGCCACCAUCCGCAGCCGCUUGGCCUUCUAGAGCUCUUGGUGCUUCCACCAGGUCCGCCGAGCCCGAGAGGCCCCCCGGCUGCCAGAGGGACUCCCUGGAGGAGGCCCUGAGGCCAGAGCUGCCAUCCACGCCCAUGUCUGGGCCCAGCCCAGCCCUCCCCAGAGGGGGUGAAGUGGGGGCCCCGGUGAGGACUGCCAAAGCCGAGCGGCGGCACCAGGAGCGCCUGCGGAUGCAGAGCCCCGAGCUCCUCAGCGCCCAGGAGAAGGAUCUUUCCCCGGCCGAGCGGCGGGCCCUGGAAGCGGAGAAGCGGGCCAUGUGGCGGGCAGCACGCUCUUCCACUCUAGAAGAGAGCAUUAAACAGUACGAGCAAGACCUGGCCAGGAGGCUGUACCAGGCCCGGCAGCAGGCACCCGGGCAGGGCCCUGCCUCAAGAGGCCAACCCAGGAUGAAGUCUCUGGAGCAGGACGCACUCAAGGCCCAGAUGGUGAUUGCCAAGUCCAAGGAGGGGAAGAAGCGCAGCACCCUGGAGCAGCUGGCCGAGUCGCCCUCCCCGGCCCCCACGCCCUCCCCCACCCCCCUGGAGGACUGCAGUUCCCGGAUGAUGGCUUCCCCAGGCAGGCUGUCUGUGCCUGAAAAGAAGUUUCUCUACAGGGAAUUUGCUGCCAUUCCUUCCUCCAAACCAGUUUAUGAAAUCCAGACUCCGGAUGGCGGGGACUCCUGUAGACUUCUCAGCUACGCCAGCAGCCCAGCGAGCCCCAGGCAAGAGGGCCCAGCGGUGGACCGGGAGCUCCUCGUGGCACACGACCCCCCCACCCCCAGCGCCUCCCCCUGUGAAGAGAUGGGGCUCUUUGGCGGCAAGCGCAAACUCCGGCACGCGCAGCCCAGCCUGGAAGCGGCAGUGCCCACAUAACGGACCGGCCCUCCCCGGGGGGCACCUGAGCAACCGAGCCGGGGAGUCGUCGGCUCUGCAGACAGCCAGCAGGAAGGGGAGCCGCGGAGGACACUGGACAGAGGCCCCACCGCUGCCUGAAGGCCCUGAGGCCGCCCCUCUGCUCUGCUGGGCCAGAUCCUGAGCCAGCUGGGGCCAUGGAUGGCAGCUGGGCGCUUGGGAGCGGGGGGGGGGGGUGUUAGAGAGAGAGAGUGUGUGUGUGUGUGUGUAAAUAUUGUGCGAGUGGGUGCAAGGGAGCUGCAGCCGCUUCAGGCCAGCGUCCUAGUUGCCCUGAGGCCCAGGCCUUGGCUCCAGCUGACAUUUGCCAAACAACGUGUGGGUCACUCCCGCCUGCGUGUCCUGCGCCCUUCCCUGGUUCGAGGCUGAGGUGGGGGAGGCACCGUGCCCUAGUGCAAGAGGGGUGUGGAGAGGGCGGGGCCCCUUGCAGCGUCCGGGCACUCCUCCCCCCUCCUAGAGAGUGUGGGUGUCAAUGCUGUGCCUCCGUGCCGGGGGGGGUGGCAUUGGCAGAGCAGCCAGCCCCCUGGGGGACACGGGCAGGAGGGGGAGGGGGCUGGACAGCUGCCGGGUGGAGCCGUGUGAGAGCGAGCGUAGAGCUGUGUUAGGCUGUGGCGGUGCAGGUAGAAGGUGCGGAGGGGGGGCGGGGAGAGGGGUAGUCCUGGGGAGGGUGGUUGGGGCAAAGGAGGUUGGUGGCGAGGGCUGGGGGGGCCUGAAGGGUGGCCCCCUUCCCUCUGCAAGGAGCCCUGCUGGAGAAGGCGGGGGCUCCGAAUGAGGGCGGAGUGGCAAAGGUGCUCAGUGCCUCGUCAUGGCUGGUGCUGAGAACCAGAGAGGGGGCGGGGGGGGCUAGCCAGCUGACUACCGCAGGGCAGGGCGCGAAGGCUGAUCAUGCCAAAAUCGGGGGGUCUUUUUAGCAGAGCUCAAGUGGGUUUGGCUUUAGGGCCGUGGCGAGGGGGGGCUGCCCUCUCUCUCCCCCCUCCCCGGCUGUCCUGGGCGGUGGCUGCUGCUCCAUCCACCACUGCAGCGCUUUGGUUUUUAUCUAACUUUAGGGUUUGCUUUUAAUGAGCAAUUGGGGGUCGAUUAGCCAGGGUGUCAGUGACUAACUUGUGACUUCUUUUGGUGCUGGGCUGCGGCAUGUCGGUCUCCUCUCCCGGGUCAUCCCCCGGGAGAUCCGGACUGUAACUAGUGACAUUUGUACAACCAAAGAAAUCUAUUUUGUGGUUCAAGGACAAUAAAGUUUACUUUACCUUUUAGAAA